AUGUCUUGCGGCGCCGCUGCGUCACCGCUGCGUUCGGUGUCUGCCGCAGAUAACAACGUCGCCGCAACGGCACCGCGCACGCAAAUCCGGUUCAGUAGUACAUUGUUGUAUAUCGACUCAUGCACACGUCCGAUUUUUCCACGCAAGAUGUCCGAAAUCGACGAUGUUGACAUUGAGUUGUUGAUCGGUGAAGUCAAAAGUCAUACAGAAAUUUGGAACAUCGCUGAUGAAAAUUAUCACGAUAGGACCAAAAAAAGAAGUGCUUGGAUAAGCAUCUGCCAGAAUUUUUUCCCAUCGUUUGAUGAAAAGGACGACAAAGAAAGAAAUGAUAUAUGUGAAAAACUUAUCAAAAAGUGGAGAAACAUAAAAGACAAUUAUACUAAAAGUAAAAAAAAAAACAAAACGACGUCAGGACAGGGUGCCAACUUAUCGAGACGUUACAUUUAUGAUCGUCAGCUAUCUUUUUUACUAACAGCCGGGGCCACAACCAAUACACAGGGUAGUUUUGAUGGGAACGACGAACAGGAGGAUACAGAAUUAUUAGCAAACCAAUCUAACGAAGAAGCUGAAACACCUCCCUCAUACACACAAAGCAGUUCAUCAAAAAAACGCAAACACGACUUAGAGUCAUCUUUAAUCGAUUAUUUAAACACUCCUAUUCCGAGUCAAAUUAUAACAACACCAGCUCCAGAACCAAAUCCAGACAGGUCUUUUUUCGACAGCAUAUUGCCAUCCAUUGCAAAUUUAACAGAAGACCAGAAAAUAGAAUUCCGCUGUGAAGUACUAAAUAUUAUAAAACGGAUGAGGGCUGCAACUUUACCGCCACAAAACUAUGGUUAUCCACCAAUUAAUCAGGAUUACUUAUAUGCUAAUCAAACAUCACAGUUAUCAAACUACUCUCCUCAAAUUGCAUCAUACCAACAUCAAACUCCCAAUUACAUGCAACAACGCCCCCCAAGAUAUACCCGACCUGGUCCAUAUUCUGCUCCACUUCCUCAAUCAAAUAACAUGCAACAAAGCCCGCCAAGAUAUACUCAACCUGGCCCAUAUUCUGCUCCACUUGAUCAAUCAAAUAACUAUGGGAUGGAUUCCAAUCCUACAUCUCCAUGUACAUCAAUUGGAAAAAAUUACAGUGUUAGUGAAGAAGAUAGUCUUGACAUUAAUUAA